AUGAAAUUGGUUCUCAUAAUAUUUGGAAUAGCAUCAGUUUGUUACGCAGCCACUUUAAGUCCCAAUGAAGAUUAUCAAGACGGAGAUAGAUAUUUUUAUUUUCCUGGAGAUGGAGAUAAUAUGCUUCAUUUAGUAGAUAUUAUGGAGCCGAUCGAUUAUAAUAUAAUUUAUCAAAUUAGAAAGAAUCCUAUGAGUCAUCGUUACUGGUUGUAUUCUAGGUAUAAUCCCACAACACCGCAAGUAAUCAGUCACGGCACAACACAGUCAAUCCUGAACUCAAACUUUAAUAAAGAUAAGGACAUCGUUUUCUUAGUUCAUGGAUGGUUUGGCAGUGGAGAUAAUAAAAUGAAUAGAAUGCUAACUGACGCAUUCCUUCGUAAAAAAGACGUAAAUAUUAUAGUAGUGGAUUGGAGUGCUCUAGCAACAAGAAAUUAUAUGACUGCAAAAAGAGGAGUGGCUACUAUUGGUCAACAGCUGGGAGAGUUUAUUAACUGGCUUUAUAAGGAGUUUAAUGUAUCAUAUAAUAACAUUCAUUUAGUUGGAUUCAGUUUGGGUGCCCAUUUAGUCGGAAAUGCUGGGAAGGCCACUCAAGGUCGCGUUAAAAGAAUAACAGAUCCAGCCGGUCCCUUAUGGAAACAUGACAAGAAUCGUCUAAAUAAAACAGACGCCCAGUAUGUGGAAAUAAUACACACAAACACAGCAUUGUAUGGGUUUUCCGAGCUUUGUGGGCAUGCAGACUUCUUUCCCAACGGAGGUGAUAUCAUGCCGGGAUGUUGGUUCAAUGUUUGCUCUCACAGCAAAGGAUAUGAAUAUAUGGCAGCUACAAUUUUAUACAAUCAUCUAGUCGCCAGAGAAUGCUUUACAUUGAAAAAUGUGGAAGACGACAAAUGCUUUGGAGAUAUGUAUCCCAUGGGAAAUGGUGUUUUGUCUAAGUCAAGAUCAGGAAUAUUUCGAGUAAAUACUGGCAACCGUUUUCCUUUUUAA